AUAUAAGAUCGCAUCUAACAUCUAUUGAUCCAUCAGUAAUCGUGGUGUCUGCACUGCGGCACGUCAAUAAGUUCGUCGUUUGAAAAGAAAGGGUAGGGUUCGAAGCAGUCGUACAGAGAAAGGACUAAACGUAUUGAAACGCUGAGACCAUUUGAUAUGUUGCAGUUUUUUUGGAUGGACAGUAAAAUGAUACUCCUUUUGUUAAUUGGACUUGCGGUUUCAAUUCGAGGUGAAACCAACUUAAAAUCCUUGAUUCCACAACAAGUGCAUUUGUCCCUUUCAGAUAAGCCAAACGAAGUCGUGAUAACAUGGAGCACAAUGGAAAAGACAGCAGAUUCCUUUGUGGAAUUUGGUCUGACCCUUCCGGGUUUGGAGCUCCAGCAUGGUAACAUGACUUACUUUGAAGAGUGUGGAAAAGAAGGCUGCAGAUCACAAUACAUUCACCGUGUCAGAUUGUCUAAUCUGACAUAUGGUGCAAGUUACAUGUACCAUGUCGGCAGCUCAGACGGUGGUUGGUCACCAGUGUUCUCUUUCAAGACACCACCAUCUCCACCAGCAUCGGAGGGCGGUGAUUCCGCGGCUCAGUGGGCCCCACGCAUUUUGGUCCUAGGGGAUAUGGGCACUCUAAAUGCCAAGUCGCUCCCCUAUCUGCAAGAGGAAGUGAUGCACCAGAGUGCUGACGGUAUCUUACACGUUGGAGACUUUGCGUACGACAUGGACUGGGAAAGUGGUGCUCUAGGAGAUGAAUUUAUGAGACAGAUAGAACCAAUAGCAGCCUAUGUUCCAUACAUGACUUGUCCCGGUAACCAUGAGGAGAAAAGAAACUUCAGUGAAUACAGGGCACGUUUCUCAAUGCCUGGACCAUAUGAAAGUCUAAUGCACAGUUUUGAUAUGGGUAUGGUGCAUUUUAUUGCUUUGUCAACAGAAUUUUAUUAUUUCUUGGAAUAUGGUAUAAAACUUCCAGUUAUGCAAUUUGAAUGGCUUGUUGAAGAUCUGAAGAAAGCAACUACUGCAGAGGCAAGAGCUGCGAGACCAUGGAUUGUGGCAUUUGGACACCGUCCCAUGUACUGUUCUAAUGGUGGCCCUGCAGACUGCAAUCACUACAGUUCCCGAGUGCGCACCGGAAUUCCAUUCUUGGGACUAUUGGGACUGGAGAACCUUUUCUACGAGUACGGUGUAGAUCUCCUACUGUGGGGUCACCAACAUUCCUACGAACGACUGUGGCCGGUUUACAAUCACGAGGUGAAAAAUGGAAGUAUCGAAGAACCUUAUCGCAAUCCGGGGGCACCUGUACACAUCAUUACAGGCUCGGCAGGCUGCUGGGAAGGGAAAAGCCCCUUCGUGCUGCCAGCUCCCGAAUGGUCCGCAUUCCGCAGCACAGAUUUUGGAUAUACUCGGCUACUGUUCCAAAAUGUUUCACACUUGCUUGUUGAGCAAGUAUCAGUUGACAAGGGUGGUCAAGUUAUUGACAGUUUUUGGAUUAUGAAAGAUGAGCACAGGGCUUACGAGUACAGCGUCAUUUGAAGAUAAUUGAGAAAAUUAUUUCAUUGGUGUCAAUUUUAUGUUAAAAUGUAACAUCUUUAUGUGUGUAUUUAAUUAUUAAAUGUAUGUCAGAUUCCUAUGAGAAAGGUGCAGUCAUAUAUAUGUUAUUGUGAUGGCAGUUUGAUUGCUGUGAAUACAUGUUCUUUCUGUGGAAGUUAUGUGAUAUCAGUACAAGUCUGUUUUAUUCAAUCACAGGAGAUAUGAUUAUGUAAAUUUAAGGUUUGCGUGUGUACUGUAGGUUUGUGGAGACAGGAUAUGCUAUCAAGUAAUUAAAUUAGUAAUGUCAAUUGCUGCACCAUUUCUUUCCAGUUACUGUUAUUAAAAAUUAAUGUUACUGUCUGAAGUAGAAAAUUGAUGUUUCUAGUUCCAACUUACAUAUUGGUGUUUUCCCAUCUAUGUACUGUGUGUGAAAUUCUAUACCUAUCACCAUCAUUUUGCUCAGGCAUAUAGAUAUUAUUAUUAUUGAAAACCAUAACUCAUAAUAGCCUGAAUAUUUAGUACCUGCAUACCAAACUCGGUUAGAGAAAAUUAUCCAGAUACAAAUUGUUUAACUUCUCUGUUUAGAAAUGACAGUGAUUAUUAAAAUACCAGCAGCAUUGAUUAUUGUUAAUUAUUUGUGUAAAGGUCUGUGAUGUUAUUACAUGUGAUACUGAAAUGGAAGUGUGAUAUUUUGUUAUAUAAUAGAUAUUGUCAUUUAUUUUUGUAAUUAAGUUUACUAUUUCAACUACAAAUUGCCUUAUAAACAUAUUCAUGUUAAUUUAUCGACACCACUCUAGUUCCCCUUCAUUGUUAAUUUGUACUCUUGUAAUAGACUUUAAUCUAUAAAAUUAAA